AUGGAAAACAUCACCAUAGAUAAUAUGACUGUGGGGAAUGACACGUCGGUGCAGGACAAUGAGACCCUGGGUGUUUGGACUGACUACACUGUUGAGUAUAAAGUGGUCAGUGUGUUUUUGGUGUCCCUCAUAUGCGGGGUGGGGAUCGUGGGGAAUGUGAUGGUCAUCCUAGUGGUCCUGACCACCAAACAUAUGCGGACUCCCACUAACUGUUACCUGGUGAGCCUGGCUGCGGCUGACCUGAUGGUCCUCACGGCCGCCGGGCUGCCCAACAUCACCGACGCCCUGUACGGCCAGUGGGUGUACGGCUACGCGGGCUGCCUGGGCAUCACCUAUUUCCAGUACCUGGGGAUAAACGCGUCCUCGUGCUCCAUCACCGCCUUCACCGUGGAGCGCUACAUCGCCAUCUGCCACCCCAUCAAAGCGCAAUUUCUGUGCACUUUAUCCAGGGCAAAGAAAAUCAUCAUGCUGGUGUGGGCGCUCACUUCUGUCUACUGCGUCAUGUGGCUCUUUCUGUCAGACACUAAAAAGUUGGUGUACGACAACGUGGUGCUGCUCAGCUGCGCAUACAAAGUGUCCAGGAGUCACUACCUGCCCAUUUACUUCACAGAUUUCGCGGUGUUUUACGUGCUGCCUCUCAUGCUGGCCACAGUCCUGUACGGACUGAUCGCCAGGAUACUUUUCCUGAACCCGCUGCCGUCAGAUCCCAAGGACAGCACCAAGAAGUGGAAGAAGGAGACGAGUCAGGGUGGGAGGAUGAUCAGCGCCAGCUCCUCCAGCAGCACCACGGCUGCCUCCCGCAGACAGGUGACCAAGAUGCUUGCUGUGGUGGUGAUCCUCUUCGCCUUACUGUGGAUGCCCUACAGGACCUUAGUGGUGGUCAACUCCUUCUUGGAGAAGGCCUACCUGGACACCUGGUUCCUGCUCUUCUGCCGUCUCUGCAUCUAUCUAAACAGUGCCAUUAACCCGGUCAUCUACAAUGCCAUGUCCCAGAAAUUCCGUGCUGCCUUUAAGAAGCUGUGUCACUGUGGCCCUCAGCGCAUGGAGAAACCAGCUUCUUACAGCGUGGCGCUCACCUAUAGUGUCAUCAAAGAGACGUCCAAUGGGGAAAGUCCCGACCACUUCACUACAGAAAUGGACGAGCUAAACACACCAACAGAUCAAUACCUACCUUCCAGCAUCCUGCCCAACACAAAGAGGAUGCCGUAUGAGGAGCCUUCCCUGUCUGGAAGUGAUGUCAAAGCCUGA